GACCUUGAUAGUAUGAAUUUUAGUAUUCACUUAAACUGAGAUUUUUUUUUUUUAAUUCAUGAAUAUCUUAAACUUAUUUCUAGCUCUUAGUUGUUUUAGUCAUUUUUGAAGUUUUGCACCAUCUGUCAAAGUUGCACCAAGUACAACUUUGAUCAGGUUUUUGUGUAGAUAUUAGUUUGAUCCUGACUCAGCAUUAGUUGCACUACACACAGCAUCUUCGCUAAGUUGCCACGGCAACUGUUUCAGUCCACUGCAAGUCUGGGAUCAUAUGUACAUAGAAGAAUACAUUGAAGAAGAUGAAGAACCACCUUUGCUGCUCAGCUCUCGUCCUUCUCACGGUGUUUGGCUGUGGUGGGACUGCAGCGGUGCAGUGUCGGUGGGGAGAGGGUUGUGUGUGUCUGCAAUGCCCUGCUGGUCAGGAGCCUUCGAAGGCUUGUGGUCAAAUCCAGGGUCCAACAGAGGAAGUGCAAUGCCAGCUGUGUCCACCUGGAACCUUUUCAAACACAUUUGACUCUGAACUCUGCCGUCCACACGCCUCCUGUAAGCUGAUUGGCCGAAACGUUGCGACUCCUGGCACUGCGACCUCUGAUGCUGUCUGUGGCGACUGCCUGCCCGGGUUGUACUCCACAGCCACUGCAGAAGCGUCCACCCAAAGUCCCUGUGUUAAAACCCCUGUGCAUGUUAGGACGGUCCGUACAGUGGGUAAAGGUACAUCCAGUGGUACCGGAGGACCAGUGAAUGGCACAGUUGUACGCAGUGCAGAAGAGAAAACAGCAGAAUACGCUGUCUUUGCUUUGGUACCAAUCUUCUGCGUAAUGGGCCUGCUGGGCAUCCUCAUCUGCAACAUCCUAAAGAAGAAGGGAUACCGCUGCACAGCUGAGAAGGAGGGAGGAGACGAAGAAACAGCCACACCACAGAAAGAAGGUAACGGUUGUCCCUACAUAUCUGACGACCUUAAUGAAGACACCAUCAGUGUUCUGGUCCGCCUUAUUACUGAGAAGAAAGAAAAUGCUGCUGCGCUGGAGGAACUGCUGCUCGAGUACGAGAGCAAACAGAUGGCUAUGAAUAAAGGAUCGUCAAUCAAGUUCCCGAUGCUGUCUCCUCUGUCCCCUUUCCGUUCCCUCCCAAGGCUCUGUCCCCAUCAGUCCCAUCUCCACACCAUCUCUGGCCUUUCGGGCCUGGCUCCCAAACACGGCUACAGGUGCUCCCGAUGCUCCCAGAGAAAAUGGCCCCCUGUCCUCAUCCCUCCUCUGGAUUCCUUCAAAGAUCCCCUGAAGCCUCCGCAGACCCUCAUCCUGCCCUCCCUCGACACCUCCACCGAUCAGCAGAAGAGCCCCUUGCUGGGUGGAGUGUGUGUUGACACACACCGUACACAAGCUGUUGUGCCAAAUACUGUACAGGAAAAAAAGGAAGGGAGUGAAGUGAAGGAGAGGAAGGAUGGAGAGCUGACGGUGCUCUCUGUGGGGAGAUUUCAAGUUGCUCAGAUUCCAGAGCAAAAGCCUGUUACUGUUGAAACUACAAAGAUGACAUCUCAGGAGCAGCGGAACUCCCUGUUUGGGGGGACACCUUUCUCUUCAGGUAUCAGGAGGUGAAGAGACAGAAAGAAGCUGCAUGAAAACGCUACCUCGCAGAAGACGACCUCAUCAACCACCGGCGACUUGGCAGCUGGCAGGGAGAGUGUCUUUAGAUGACUGACACCAAGAAACCACAAGAAUCACCUCCCACUGGAAGUUGUUUCUAGUUAUGCGAUAAGAGGAAUAUAAGUGUUUCUAUUAAUACAUGAUUAAUUGUUGUAGACAUUACACUCAUUUCAGCCCUGCUGCACUGUUGCUUCUCUGCUACAAUCCAGAUAGAAAGUGUUAGAAUAACCUAUUGGAUGGAAUGAAGACAUUACUAGUCAGGCUUUGUGAUGAGCAAUUAUUAGUAACCACAUGAAGAAUUCAUUCAAUCAUUCUUUAUUUAAACACAGAGACAUAUUGAGGAGCAACCUCAUUUACAAUAUAGCUGAGACUGGAGGGUGAAGAAGAAAACAGAUGUACUCUUAGCCCCUGUGCUUGUGCUUCCAUUUAAAAAAAACAAAAGUGAGAGAGAAGGGCAAAACACACACAUGCAUGCAGAUAUCAGUUAAAAUAUGUAUAGUGUUCUGUGGCCACAGUGGAGGACAAAACACUGAAAGGAAGACAAACAACAGUGCGACUCUAUCCACCUCUUUAAGUAUUAUAAGGAAAAUGUAAUUCAAACCUGUUUAAUUUUGAUGUUUCUGAGGGAUUUUCCUCCCUUUGCUUCUGCUCACAGAGACGAUGCAGAUGAGCAUGGGUUUAAGACCUUGAAAAUGUUGAAUGUAGUCUUAAUAGAAGUAUCUCACAACCUGAGAAAUAUACAGUACAUUACAUUCAUUCAUGUACACCAAACAGAAUUAAUUAGCCUACAUUUUAAACUUUUUUUUUUUUUUCCAAGUAGAGAGAUGAUCAGGGGCCAAAAUAUGUUCUUACAGCAAAGAGGGUCCCAUAUCAGCUUUGUUACGACAUUAUAUCUAAAUGACAAUUGUUCUUUGGAAUUUAGGUUGAACAAAAUAAAUAGGUAGAUAUCACUUUUGUAGAAUCAAUGUGUAAAUUGAUGUAUAUAUGUAAAUAUGGGUGGGUAUACAGAAAAAGAAGAUCUUACUUGGCUUUUUAAACUUGAGCAUGUAUGAAGUGGAGAAGAAAUGGCAACGACAACUACACAACUGUGUAAACAACUGGUAAAUCUGUCACUAACAUUCUUAAAAGCUGAAAUGCUGAUUAACAGUAUAUGCAUCUUUUUAGCCUUCAGAUGCUUUUUGCAGUCUUUCAUUUUGUUAUACGACAGAACAGAAAAAAAAAUCAUUACACUGGUCGACUAUAAUUAUGAACCAACAACAAACACACAUCCAGAAUCCUGUUACACAGUGGCAUUGACUGUAAGAAACCACUUUGACACAGAACACUCAUGCAGUAGCGUUUUAUAGUUUAAUUAAAUAAACCAAGCAGUGGCUGCAGAGGAUUAGUGGUUAAGAUGCCCCAAAGUCAUGCAGCUCCGUUGGUUUUAGUUUACAUCCUCAAGAGUUUUAAAGAGUGUACUGUAAUCAUAGAGGGUAGGUUUUUAGCUACUCAUUUUCAUAUUUUCUUAUUAUGUUAUUAUGAAGAAUAUGACAUCAUGUCUGAAGGACUGUAUUUAUUGGCUGAAGCAGUUACAUGUUUUAAUUUCACCUGUUUUUAUUACUACUCUUACUAUUAUUAGGGUUAUUGUGUUUUUAAGCUGAAGUGUUGCUGGUAGAAAGAGAGGGUUAAAAAAAAAGCAUUCAUCUCAUCAACUUUUUAGAUUGCAUUUAUAAUGAUAUUUUUCUGUAUGAUGUUUUUACUCUGGAAAUAAAGAAGAGGCGUAUUUUAA